AUGGGGAGGGGGAAGAAGUCGAAGGAGAAGGACAUGGAGGAGAAACCGCUGGACAUCCUCGCGGGGUCCGACGAGGACUCCGACGGCGGGGAGGACCUCUCUAAGAUCCAUAUCAACGCGGAGUACGCUCGCCGCUUCGAGCACAACAAGCGCCUCGAGGAGCGCAGGAAGCAGGGCCUGGUCCCCGCCUCUGACGACGGCGAGUCAGAGUCGGAGUCCGAGUCUUCGGAGGAGGAGGACGAGGAAGCCGCCAUUGCCUCGCGCCUCGUCGAUCGUCGCGUGUUCGAGGUGAUCCGCCGCAUCCGCAGCGGCGACCCCCGCAUCCUUGACAAGGACGCCGAGGUCUACUCGGAGGACGAGGAUGAGGAGGGCGGUGAGGAAGCUGAGGACGCCGAGAAGGAAGAAGAGUCCAAGCAGGAGAAGAAAAAGACAAAGAGAGAGAAGCCUAUGUACCUCAAGGACGUCAAUGCCCGCCACCUACUCGAGGAGGGCCCAGAGUUCGCAGGGCAGGCCAGCCGGAGCAGCAGCAAGUUCGAGAGGAUCGCCUAUGACGAGCAACAGAAGAAGGGAUUGAAGGUUUUCCUUGAGGCACAGAAACAAGUAUUAGGCGAUGACGACGGCGACGACGAUUUGUUCAAGGUGAAGCCCAAGGCUAGAGCAGGGGCUGAUGACGAAGCGGACGAGGAUGAGGAGGAGAAGCAGACCAAGGAGCUUGCUGGUGAGGUCUUUGGGAAGGAUGAGGAGCUGGAUGAGAACGAGAAGUUCUUGAAGGAAUUUUUCCUUAAGAGGCCGUACCUUGAGGCAGAGAAGAGGAAUUCCUACCUGGAUGAUAUCCAGGAAUUGUCAGAUGAAGAGGAGCUCGAGAUUCAGGAAGAAUAA